AUGCCAACCCCAGGCUACAACGGCCUUGGGCUGGCACUGCGCUACGUGCUGGACGCCGUCAAGAACCAGCCGGGCUCCAAGAUGUACUACUUCGGCGUGCUGGCGCUGGACCGGUUCCGGCCCCGCCUGCGCGAGUACCCGCAGUACUGCCAGCAUCUGGCCACCAUCCAGCACUUCAGCCAGUUCCCCAGACACUUGAUGGAGUACGUGGAGUGCGGGAUGCGCUCCCAGGAGCCGGCCGGUCGGCCCGAGGGCUCUGUGUUGCCGGCUCACCUGCAGUCGCUGCUGGCGACGCCGGCGGCGCCGGCCGGCAGCGCCGCCUCCUCGGCCGGCGCCCGGCCCACGGUGCUCACUGCCGCGCUCGUCUCCGGCCGGCCGUCCAUAGCCAACACGACGAAUAUCGAGACGCUGGUGAAGGCGCUGCAGGAGGCGCCGCCGCCCUCCGAGGUCGUGCAGGACAAGGUCGGCUUCAUCUUUAACAACCUCAGCCAGCUCAACCUCAGCCAGAAGUGUGAGGACCUGCUGGCCGUGAUGGAGCGGGACUACUGGCCCUGGUUCGCGCAGUACGUGGUGAUGAUGCGCCGCGUCAGCAUCGAGCCCAACUUCCACACGCUCUACGCCAACUUCAUGGACGCGCUGGAGCUGCCGCAGCUGUUGCAGCUCUGCUUGCGCGAGCUGUACAACAAUAUCCAGGUUCUGCUGCGAGCAGACAAGGGCGUGGAGAAGUUCAACGACCGGACGAUCUUGAAGAAACCUGUGGCCUGGCUGGGCUUGAUGUCCAUCGCCAAGAACAAGCCGAUCCUUCAGACGGACUUGGACAUGAAGUCGCUGGUCAUCGAGGCACCACCUGGGUGUCAGGAGCUUCUGUACGUGGUGCCGUUCGUUGCCAAGGUUCUCGAGUCGUCCGCGAAGUCCAAGAUCUUCAAGCCGCCGAAUCCUUGGACACUGGGUCUGAUGAACCUGCUGGCAGAGCUGCACCAGGAGCAGGACCUCAAGCUCAACCUCAAGUUCGAGAUUGAGGUGCUCUGCAAGACACUUUCGCUGGACGUGAACGAGCUGACGCCCAGCCAGUGCCUCAACGACCCGCUGCGACAGCAGCGGCUGCCCGUGCAGCUGAAGCGGCCCAGCCUGACGGCGCCGCCAGCCCUGCCGCCGCCGCCGCCUCCGCUGCCGGCGACGGCGCCCCGCUUCUCGUUCGGGGACAUCAACACCAGCAGCAUCGCAGGCCUCGCUCCACACAUCACCAUCAACGUCACGCUGCCGCUGUUCCAGUCGGAAUCCGCAGCUGAAGCAGAUCGUGAGGCCGGCCGUGGAGCGCACCGUCCAGGACUGGCUGCCCCGCGCGCCGUCGAACGUAACUGCAAGAUGGUGCUCAGUCUGACGGCCGGACUGACCCUCAUCAACUGCCGCGACCACCUCGCCGUCUCCAUAGCCACCAACGUUCAAGGCCGCCCCUGCCUCGGCACGGUCCGGACGGCCACCACGCCGCAGCAGCAGGAGUUCAUGGAGCAGACGGCCGGCCGGGUGGCGGCCGACAACGUGGAGCUGGCCUGCUGCUUCAUCCAGAAGACGGCCGUCGAGAAGGCCAUCCUGGAGGUGGACAAGCGGCUCAUGGCGGAGUACGACCUGCGCAAGAGGGCGCGCGAGGAGGGACGUCGCUACGUCGACCCGCAUAUGGCCGUUUACCACGAGUCGCACAUGCCCGAGCCGCUGCGCCUGGCGGCGCUCACCGCCCGCCAGGCGGCCGUGUUCGAGGAGUUCGCGCGCUCCGUGCCCGGCUUCGCCGCCACGCCGGAGGUGGCGCCGCCCGCCUCCAGCGGUGUGGCACUGGGUCCACCACCGCUGCGCGCCUCUCAGCCGCCGCCGCCGCCGCCGCUGCCGCUGCCGUCCGCCGCCAGCGACGAGCUACCGGCCCUGCUGGAGAAGCUGUCGCUGGAGCUGCAGGCGGCCGUGCACAGCCUGCACCCGGCGGCGGCGGCCGCGCCCCAGGCGCAGGCGCUCGCCCGCCUUGCCAAGGACGUCUCGCUGAGCGCGGCGGCACGUGACCCCAACGCCCACGUCCACCUCGUCAAGAUGGCGGUGGACGGCCUGCUGGAGUACAUGUCGCAGCUGCCGGCUGACCCGGACCUGGCCGUGCGCUGUCGCGACGGCCACCUGAUGGUGCUGCGAGCACUGCAGGAUCCGCGCGCGCACGGACCGCAUUGGGUUCAGAAGCACGUCACUAGCCUGGUGAUAGAGUGUCGGGAGGACCAGCGGCUGAACCUGGAGGCGGUGGACGCGCUCAUCCGCGCCCGGCUCGUCUCCACGCAGCAGCUCGAUGCCCACCUGGCGCACGCCAUGGAGGCCGGCAAUUACAGCCUGAUGGGCCUCAGUCUUCAGCUGCUUCAGGCGUUCCUGGUGGACGACCGCAGCAACGCAGUCACGGAGAACGACUUCAUGAACACGCUGGACGCGCUGGCGAAGCUGGCCCAGCAGCCCGGCUGUCCGGAGAACAUCCCGCUGUUGCUGGAGCAGGUGCGGGCCGGCGGCGCGGGCCGCGAGCCGCCGUUCCCGGCCGACCGCAGCCCGAGCGGCCCCACCGCCCACAUCCACAAGGGCAUCUCGCAGGCGCGCGAGUUCGACGACCCGCCCGACAUGCAGCAGAAGACCGAGUACCUGCUGAGGGAGUGGGUGCAGCUGUACCACAUGCCCAGCUCCGGCCGCGACUCCACCAAGGCGUUCACCAUCAUCGUGCACCAGAUGAACGUGCAGGGCAUCUUGAAGACUGACGACCUGAUCACGCGCUUCUUCCGGCUGUCGACCCAGAUGUGUGUGGACCUGAGCUACCGUGCGCUGACGGACUCUGCGGUGGGCUCGCCGGCCAUGGUGCGCUCCAAGUGCUUCCGCACGCUGGACGCGUUCGUGCGCCUGAUCGCGCUGCUGGUCAAGCACAGCGGCGAGUCGCCGCACGCCGUCUCAAAGAUCAACCUGCUCAACAAGGUGCUGGGCAUCGUGACGGGCGUGCUGCUGCAGGACCACGAGGUGCGCAAAACGGAAUUCCAGCAGCUGCCCUACCACCGCAUCUUCAUCAUGCUGCUGCUUGAGUUGAACGCGCCAGAGACGGUCCUGGAGGCUAUCAACUUCCAGGUGCUGACGGCCUUCUGUAACGUGCUGCAUAUCCUGCGGCCGGAGAAGGCGCCCGGCUUUGCGUACGCCUGGCUCGACAUCGUCUCUCACCGCGUGUUCAUCGGCCGCAUGCUGGCAGUCACGCCCCAGCACAAGGGCUGGGGGCCGUACGCGCAGCUGCUGAUCGACCUCUUCAACUUCCUGUCGCCUUUCCUGCGGAACGCUGAGCUGGCCAAGCCCGUCACCAUCCUGUACAAGGGCUGCCUGCGCGUGCUGCUGGUGCUGCUGCACGACUUCCCAGAAUUCCUGUGCGACUACCACUACAACUUUUGCGACGUCAUCCCGCCAAACUGCAUCCAGAUGCGCAACCUGGUGCUGUCGGCCUUCCCACGGAACAUGCCGCCGCCGGACCCGUUCACCAGCAAGCUGCAGGUGGACAUGAUCCCCGAGAUCCGCGAGGCGCCCAUGAUCCAGACCAACUUCGCCUCGCUCAUCCAGCCGCCCAGCUUCAAAAAUGAGCUGGACACGUACCUGAAGGCGCGCACGCCGGUGACGUUCGUCACGGACCUGCGCUCGACGCUGCAGACGGGCGCCCAGCCCGGCAGCCGGUACAACGUACAGCUGAUCAACGCGCUGGUGCUGUACGUGGGCACGCAGGCGAUCGCCGCCAUCCAGAGCAAGGGGCUGCAGCCGAGCAAGCAAACAAUCGCGCACAGCUCGCACAUGGAUAUCUUCCAGAACCUGGCUGUCGACCUGGACUACUGAGGGUAGGCUCAGGGCCGGUACCUGUUCUUGAACGCCAUUGCCAACCAACUGCGGUACCCGAACAGUCACACCAACUACUUCCUCAACCUGCUGCUGUAUUUGUUCGCGGAGGCGAACACGGCGGCCAUCCAGGAACAGAUCACCAGGGUUCUGCUCGAGCGGCUGAUCGUCAACCGGCCGCACCCGUGGGGCCUGCUCAUCACCUUCAUCGAACUCAUCAAGAACCCAGCGUUCAAGUUCUGGAAGCACGAGUUCGUGCACUGCGCGCCCGAGAUCGAAAAGCUGUUUGACAGCGUGGCUCGCUCGUGCGUAGCGCAGGGUCAGAAGGUGGCGGCGGCGGCGGCGCGGCGGCCGCCGCCCCCUCAGCCGACCGGCGCCGGGCCCGAGUAGUGCCGCGCCGCGCCGCGGGGUGGCAGCACCGGCCAGCGGCUCAAAGACAGACGGGUGACGCGCAGGUCGGGUCGACGGCGCCCGUACCAGAGACGCCGGUAGUGCGUGGGUGAGGGAGGGGGGCAGGGGGUCGCGACCGGCACUCGCCGGCGCGUGCUGGCAUUCUGCCAGUCGCACACUGCAGAGCUGUGAACCUCAAAUCGGCUGUUUUGUCUGCGAGGCUGCAUGGUUGUGUGAGGUUGGCAGAGACGGGGCACUGCGAUCACCUAAUCAGUUUUAUGUGGUUUUGAGACGUAUAUAUGCCAGGCUGCCUGCCGGACAUGUUUCCCUUACUUUGAGUGGUCAUGCGAGUUCCACUGUAGUUUUGUAUAUCUGCAAAUAAACACAGCAAGGUU